AUGUGUCCGUUGAUAUAUUUUAUAUUUAUAUUAUUACCAUGUCUUUUUUUCUGUGAAGACUGUGUGCUGGAUAAUUCAUCAAGAGAUUCUUCAUUUGAAUACCAACUGGUCAAAGAUUUACUGUGCAAUUUCAAUACUAAUUUGCCACCAAAAACCAACAACUCCAAACCUAUAGUAGUAGGUGUGAAAUUUUAUCCAAAAACAGCAAAAUUUUCAGAUGAUGAGGAAUUAUUUAACAUAUACAGCUGGGUUGUGUUAAUCUGGAACGAUGAAAGAUUAAGUUGGGACCCAGCGAAAUACGGAAAUUUAGCAAAGACCGAAAUAAUGAGCUACAAGAUUUGGACCCCCGGUCUUAGACUCUUUAAUACAGCUGACACCACUGACUACGACUUUCUCUAUACGUUGUGUCGAGUAAGAUACACUGGUAAGGUGAUCUGUUACCCGAAAUUACUUUACCAAACCUUCUGCAGCACUGAUUUGCAAAACUGGCCAUACGAUACUCAAAGCUGUACCUUCCGUUUCGGCGAGUGGAUCAGAUCAGUCACAAAACCUAACGUGCAAUUUACUUUUGCAAAUAAAAAAGGGAUUGGCAUGUUGGGCAACGAAUAUUUGAUGGGUUGGACUGUUGUAUCUUAUAAUCAAACAGAAGAUCAUAACAAAACUGAACAACUAACCGUCACUUUUGGACUUGAACGACAAUCUGAAUUACUCGGUUCAAUAGUUGUAGUUCCAUCGGUAAUAAUAUUAUUAUUAACACUGAUUUCUUCUUUAUUAUGUGUGAAUAAUGAUGUAAGAUUAGGUCUAUUGUAUAUUAGCUUAUGGUUACACUAUAUAAUACUAAAUAAUAUCAGUUUUAAUUUGCCGAAGCAUAGUCGGAAUGUUCCUAAAAUUCUGCUAUUCACUCGAGGCUCUCUAUUGUUGGCUUGUAUAAGUGUUCUUUUGACUUUUACUCUUAAAUUUUUGAGAAAAAGGAAAGUACCACCACCUUCAUUUGUAAGUUUGUUAAAUAAUUAUGUAAAUAACAGUUUUAUAAAGCAUCUUUUAUGGCCAAAAUGGGAAGCUGAAAUCAAUUAUUUGACUUUGUCAGAAGAAAUAGAAAGGAAAGCUACGGAGGAUUGGAACGAUUUUACAAAUUUUGUUAACACAGCUUUUAUUAUUAUUUGUGUCAUUGUGUACUUGUGUUUGUUUUUGCUUUUCAUGCCUUUUUUUGUGCCAUUACCUUCAUAA